AUGGUGUCGCACGUGUGCAUCCCAAUGGCGCCGCGCCAAUGUUCUAUUGAUGAGCCCGUAGGCAAUACGAGAGACGCCGUUAUUCCGGAAAGGCCCUACGACGCGCUCUCAGAUAUCUGCACCCACACGCCCCUUCUCACCCAACUCCAUCCACGCGCGCCACGCCUGCCCACGCAAUCCAGCCUGCACUGCUCUUUCUAUCUGCACCGCCACGCAGAGCCACCGCACCCUGAAACCAACUUCCGGUUUCUCCGCCUCGGCUCAGAGUCUCAGGCCCGGCUGGCCUGCCCCGCGGACACGGCGCCUCGAUCUCGUAAUCAACAUCGUUACACUCUGUCCACUGAUAAGUACGGCGAGCUGUGA